AUGGCUUUCAACAUUCGUACGGGCUCUGCCCACACCGUGCGCAGCCCGGCAGCGAUUUCUCCUAGUUCACAGAAGCCAGACUCGACCUCGAUCAAGGGCUUUAGAAUAAGCACGCAGAAAUUGCCGAUUCUGAAAGCCGAGCCUAUCGAAGAGAUGUCAAAUUCUCUCGGUAUUGCGCCACCGGAAAUGAUUUUUGGGGAUAACUUUGUCAAGAUUGAGCACGAAAAAACGGGCUGGGAGAUUACCUUCAAUGCAUUUGAUGCAUUGGAUCGUGUCGACAAGACUGGAGAAUCGAUGCUCAAGGUAGCAUAUUCGAGAGAAUGGCAGAAAAGCAGAGAAAUAACACACGAAGGCAUCAAUGAAGUUGUCAAACCAUUUGACUGGUCGUACACUACAGACUAUAAGGGCACUGUCCGUCCCAAUAGUCGACAAUUUGAAGAGACAAACAAGCAAAUCCCGAUCGACUUAUUGAAGCGCCCAGAUCCAAUACUAUUCUUUGAUGAAGUGAUCCUGUAUGAGGAUGAACUGGCUGAUAACGGGAUUACCAUGCUAUCAUGCAAGAUCCGUGUUAUGCCAGACAGACUUCUUCUACUACUGAGAUUUUUCAUGAGGCUUGACAAUGUUCUAUUCCGACUCCGUGAUACAAGGGUAUACGUCGACUUCGGAAAUAUGGAAGUGAUUAGAGAAUAUCAAUCCAAGGAAUGUGAAUAUGAGAAAGUCAGACAGACCCUGGCAACAACACGAGAUGAUGUCCCGGCCGCUUUGAGAGAUGCAAACAAACUUUCCGAUAAACUUCCUCUUGUUGAAAGACAUUUAGAGCGAGUGUCAUUAAGGGAGUAA